GACGCCCCGGAAGCCUGGAAGGAGCUGCGGAGCAGCAUGGCCGAGGCCGUAGCGGAAGGAGGAGACCUGAAGGCGCAGGCGCUGUUGCAUUGGAUGAAGCUGGAAGCGUUCCUUGGGACUUUGAUGGAGAUGGAUUGGAGGGAUUUUUGGGUUGGUUUUUUGUUGGAACUGGAAGAUGAACUGGAAGAUUUCCUGAGUUAG